AUGGCCUCUAAUCCUACCUCCAAACUCUCAGAACAGUCUCUAACCUACGUUAUUUCCUUCUGUGCAUUCUUGGUAUCAGUUGGCAUCAACUUUACCCGCGUCCCUAUCAUCUAUUCAUUCCGGUUAAUCAUUUGCGAUGAAUACUAUCACCAUCACCCGCCAUACACCGGGGAAGGGGACAUGUACAAUAUUAGUGAGAUCGAAGCCUCGACUGCCAAAGCCGUGUCUGUCCUGGGUGCUACAGUCACAAUUAAUGGUUCAACAAUUGGUAGGCCCCACCAUCCGUCUUGGUUGCCAGUUGUUCGGAGGUGCAGUCAGAGUCGGCGGUGGCACAGGCAUAAUGCUUGUCCAGGCCUCACAGCUCUUGGGUGUGGUGGGAGGCUCAACCGGCUAUGUGAGCCGACGGGUAUCCGAAGUUUGGUCUUGACGACUUUUAUGUCGCGCGUGGUUUCCUCGUCGCAACAGACAAUGGCAUUUGGCCGCCUUCAUGGGGCCAUCAUGUUCGGAACUGCCGUGGCAUAUCUUGCUGGAGGCAUUGUCAGUGACUAUUCAGGCAUAGGUGCAGCUUUUAUAAGUGCCUGUGCCGUGAUGCUGGGCUCUAUUCUAUACGUCAUCGUUGCCCUGCCAAAGCUUCCACUCAUUACCAACGAAUCGAGCGCGGAAUCGGGGAGCAUCCUCGCCAAGAUCACCAAACCUUUUCGGUCUUUGCUUAAAACAAACGUUGGCAACUCCGAUACUCAGACUUACCAACGUCCACUUCUUGUCUUGGGUGUUUUUUGCGGCGUGCUAGCCACAGGGUUUAUACCCAUCUUGCUACAAAUGUAUUCCACCAAUAUGUUCGGAUUUACAUCACAGGAAAAUGGUUAUUUGAUGGCCCUAACAUUCGGUGUGCGAAGCAUCUUCCUCACUCUGGGCUUCCCCGUCAUUAUUGACGCUGGCCGACGCUGGUUUUCGCCAAAACCAAGAGCACAGCGAAGUGAUGGUGCGAUAGUCAAACCUAACGAAGAAGAUGAAUCAACACCAUUGCUAGAGUCUGCAAACUCUCCACUGAAAAAGCCUGCAAAGACUCAGUUCGAUCUCUGGUUCCUGACGGCGAGUUUCUUCGCCGAUGCAUUCUUGACAGCCGGUUCAGCAUACUGCCAGAAAGGAUGGCACUUAUACAUAGGCAUGUUCCUUCCCCUAACUGGUAUCCAAUCGGCGCCAAACACUGACCGUUUCACCUAUAUAGCGGCUGCAUUGCUGCCCUUGGCUUCAGGGUCUGCCCCGGCCGCGAAAGGUGUUGUGGUUUCACUUUGUGAACAUGAAGAACGAACAGAUGCAUUGGCAGGAAUCGCCAUGGUCGAGAUGCUGGCCACUGUACUACACAAGUAA